AUGAAAUCCGCUGUCAUAUUUCGGUUGUUAUUUAUUUUGGUUAUUCUCUUGGAUUGUUCCGUUCUUUCGGUCCAUCUUACUUCGAAUGUAUAUGCUAGAGAUGUAAAUGAAACAAAUUCUCAGUCUUCAUAUCAUUAUUAUAAGCAAUUUAUUGAUCACAACGAUAAGUCAUGUGGAACUUUUUCUCAAAGAUUCCUCAUUAAUUCUACUUAUUAUAAACCCGGUGGUCCUAUUUUUCUCAACACUCCUGGUGAGGGUGCAAUUGAUCUUAAAAUAGUCGAAGCUUCUGGAGUUAGUGAAAUUGUCGCAAGUUUCAAUGGAUUACUUAUUACUAUUGAACAUCGAUAUUAUGGUGAAAGUUACCCACCGAUUAAAAAUCUUAAUACUCCAAACAUGAAAUACUUAACUGUUAACCAAGCCCUUGCUGAUUUUGCUGAAUUUAUAAAAAAUCCUCCAACUGACGUAAUAGAGUGCCCUAAAGAUGCUAAAUGGAUCUUUGUUGGUGGUUCAUAUUCUGGAAAUUUGGCAACAUGGAUGCGUCAAAAAUUCCCUAAGCUCGUAUUUGCUGCUUGGGCAUCUUCAGCUCCUUUACUUUCUAAAAUUAAUUUUUUCGAAUAUGAUCAAGGAGUUGCUCAUGCUCUUCCAUGUCGUGAUAGAGUUGCUGAUGCAUUUAAAAAUUUCAUUGACCCAAUUUUAUUAUCCGGUAACCGUACAGAAAUUGCAGCUCUUAAAUCACAAUUCGGUCUUGAUGUUUUAGAUGAUGAUCAAGAUUUUGCUUCGGCUAUUAGUCAUCCAAUUUCUUUAAUGGUUCAAACAUAUUUUCCUCCUACUUCUCCUUCAGAAAUUGAUACUAUUCCAACAUUUUGUGCUGCAUUCGCUCAAGCACCUGAUAAUAAAUCAGAAACUUCGGCAUUGAUUUUAGCUCAAGUUACUAAAUUCUUUUUGAACGUAUCUGGAAUUAUUACUCCUGACGCUAUUAAAGCAAACUUUGCUACUUCAGCACUUAAUACUUCGGUUGUACCUAACGACUUAGUUUCAUUCUUAUAUCAGCUCCAAAACCACCAAAACAAAGGUGAACUAGAUCCAUGGAAAAGUUUGACAGUUAGUGGUUCAAAUUUCAGAACUAUCUCACGAAACAAAGUUUUCUUAAUCAAAAAUGGGUCUCACGUUAAUGACUUGAGAUUUCCAACAUCAGUUGAUAGUGAUUCAUUGAAAUGUGCAAGAAAUUUCAUUAGAAAUACUCUGGCUGAAUGGUUAUGCGUUAAAUGUGCCACUGAUGUUUCAGGAUUUAUAAAGUGCCAGGUAGAAGAAGAAUUAAUGUAA